CGAUGUACUCAAUAAGAUGACAGAUACAAAAUUACAUUUGAAAAUGGCUUUAAUUUAACUGAAAUUAAAUCUAUCAAAGUGCAAAGAAUGUUACAAAUGCAUAAUAAACUAUCGAAACCAUAAAUUUAACUCAGCGAGUAAAAAUGUCGUCAUUCAUCACGUGGAGAUCAAUAUUUCUAUUUGUAAAGCACUUGUGUUUAUAGACUUUCAACGGUCUGUCAGUUGAUCGAGAGACAUUGUUUUGCAAUGAAAAGGUCAAAAACGGACAAACAACAUCAAUAUGAAUAACAAACGUUUUAUAAUACCGGUAGUGUUAUGUGGGCGAUUCAGUUUCUGCGCGACAUUGAAUGUGCAUGCUCGUUUCGACUACCAGAUUGUCUUAAUCUGAAACUUGUGUCAUUUCUGGUCGUUGUUGAUUGCUUUACCUAAUAAAUGUAGACUCAUUGUGUGCUCACUGGAUCGUUGGCCUACAUUUUUUCCUGCCCUCUUAACGCUACUCUGCAUGCUCUCCUAGUACAGAAAGUAGCUUCUGACUUGACACAAAAAGCUAAAAUGCUUUAGAAUCUAUUAGUCUGUUGGCUUACAAUUUUCUAACCUUUAUGUGCACAACGAACUCUAGCGGUAAUGUACAAUAUAGGGUUUCUGCCAUCUGUGUUUGGAUUAAUCCAAUGAAUUCAUUGCGUCCGAACUCUGAUAACAUCCGUUUUGAAUCUGGUUCGUAAGUAUUUUUAUAUGAAGAACGGUUCAAGCGGUAACCUGAGGAGUUAUGUCACCAGUUGGUCUCAGCUGGUUAUUAGUUAGGUUAUUAAUAUGUCUAAGGCGGUUUGACGGCGGAAUGUGUGCAUUAGUCUGUCUAUUUUUCAUUUCUUAGUAUAAUAGCGUCAGUCCCUUUGUAACCGAUCAUAUAUUCGUUUUCUUUGGGAUUUUUUCUCGCGAUGUAGGUUGGUCACAUGACUGCCUAUACUCUAAUUUGUUUAUUCCCAGUUCCUUUAUUUUUAAGACCAUUAUAGGCUUUUGAUCUAUACUUUUGUGUUCAGCAAAACAUCAUUAACCUAAAGUCUAAGGAGACGGACGCUUGCUGAUCAUCAAACUUCGAAACUUAGUAAUCUUAUGUAUUAAUGCAUGACUUAAUUUUACUAUGUAAGAUUUACGUUCCCCAUGUUUAUUCAUGUGCUCCGUAGGUCACCAUAAUUGUCGUGCUUAAUCUUUAAAUACGAAAUAUCUCAACUGUAUUUGCAAUGUUUGCACUACCGAAGUACAUUUUUAGGGUCUCAAGAUUGGAAUGUUUUAUCACCUGUUUUUAGUAGCUUCGGUACAUUUCAAAACGGACUGAGGGAACCUAUCACGAAACAGGUAUGUUUGGAUCCUAUCUUUUUUCGUCACGAUUGUGAACUUCCCAAACUAUUCUUAAUUUUUCUAGUUAAUAUCCUUACAAAUGCCUCACUCUAAGGUACUCAUUACAGAAAAGCAUCAAAAUACGGUUAAUGGACACUGAAAAUAUACAAUGUUUUUUCAACACUACUUAGUUUCAUUACUAUGGUAUAUCGCUUGUCUAACAUUUUUAAAAAAUCGUCUUUAAAUCCACCACUAGAGGUAACGAAAUCCAUUGUGACAUUCCUAAUAGCUUACAAUUUAUAAAAUGUCUUAUUCCAGUUUGGUCGCAAUUCAGCCAAUGGAAGCUACUAAUCUCUUAUCAACUUUGGAACUUCUGUGUGCACCCAAGAAGCUUGAUCGUGAAAAAGGCGAAGAUCAGCUGAAUAACAUAUCACUAACAUCUGACGAAGUUAAGUUGGUGUCAAGUUGGAUAGAAGAAAAGUUGGAAGGGCUGUCUAAUUGGGAAGACGUCUUUGGUGGGAUCACCGCAGCUAUCAUCCUACUUCGCAAUGUCGAUUAUCGAUCUCUGGUAGAUGUUGGUAUUGUCGGUAAAUUAGAAGAUCAAGCAGUUGAAUGUCAUGAUAACCCUGAAUUCCGAGUUCGGAUAGCUGCAGGUCAACUUAUGGGUUCCCUCUGUCGACACGCUGGAUUAUCUUUGUUCAUCCGGUACUUACCCACUGUAAUUCAGGGUGUCGUCACUAAUUUAGAAAGAAAUACUGAAGCCCCUGUGUCUGAAGCUGAGUUAUCUCUACGAGAGCUCAACUUAGCUAAGGAAUGCAGUACUAAUUUGAGCAGCAGUUCUCUAUCUAUUUUCCAUGAUACAGCAGGUUGGAAAAACUUGGAAACAUGGAUGAAGUGUUUACAGGAAAUGGUUUCAAAUCUUCCAUCCAAGGAUUUCAUUAAAGUGGAUAGAACUAUUAUUUUGGAACUUAUUUUUAAAGCUGUUCAGCACGUCAAUCGUUUUGUUCGUGAAACAGGUUAUGAUGUUUUAUCAACAAUGAUUUCUCGUCAUUUAUGUUACACGGAGCCAGAAGCAAAGGAAGCAACUUAUAUCAACGUUGCAACUCAACUCGCUAAGGGUUUAUCAGAUAAUUGGAGUCAAGUCCGCAUGGCCGCUUCCAGAGCAGUACGAACUCUUUUUGAGGUUGAUCCUCCCUCUGGAUAUACGAGAGAUGAUAUUUACCCUAUUCUUUUACCAGCUAUGUGUUUAAACAGAUAUUACGUUGCUGAAGGCGUCAGGAUUUAUAGUCAAGAUACUUGGUGUCGUGUUACUCAAGGAGAAGGUCGAAAGUUACUUGGUCAAUAUUUAGUUCCAGCUGUCGAUUAUUACAUUCAACAAAGUGAUGCCGAUAAUCAUGCGGUUCGUGAGGCUUCUUGUGCGUCUAUGGCUGAGAUUGUAACUAAAUUAGAUCCAAAUUUGCUACUACCGUGUGUCAGUAAAUUGCUCGAUGCCUUAAUUGUAUGCUUUGGAGAUGAAAGUUGGCCAGUAAGAGAUGCGGCCUGUGUUGCACUUGGUUCAUUGAUUUCCACCUUUCCUAAUGAGACACGCGCGGCUGGCUACGAUAAUUUAAUGGCUACACAAUUCUUACGAAACCUUAGUGAUAGUAUUCCAUCAGUCCGUGAUGGUGCAGCUAAAUCGAUUGCUGCGAUUUUAAAAUCAGUUGGUGAUCAAAGUUUAUUCCAACAUUAUAUCAACCAUAUCGUAGAGAAAAUUGAUGGAUUAAGCAAACAGCCUAAAGAAUCUCAUGGUGCAGAAUCUAGUCGUGUAUCUGGGAAGGGACCAGGAGCAUCUCAUGUUACUGUUCACAGUGGAGAUGCUGCUCAUGAUAGUCGUCAUACUGAUCAAGUUAUGUACUCCUGUGGAUCCUUGGCCCCGAAGCUUCAGAAAGGUCGAAAAGGUGGUGGUUGUCAUAAUGGUCUUCAUCAACGUGCCAGUGAACCUUGGGAAGAGGCUGAUGGCGCAAUUCGCUUGAUCGGUCAAAUAUCAGACAAGUUCCCAAACCGAGUCACUGACGAUUUGAUUGAGCAACUAUUGAAGGGUUGUGAACAUCGAAAUUAUACACAUUAUCCUUAUUUUUUAGAAACUGCUUGCGAUGUAAUUGUACAGCUGUGUAAUCAUCUCGAAAAACCUCAAUUUAAAAAAUAUAUGGAUGCGUUUCUGGAAGUAUUGGCAACCGCAGUAGAAAGCAAGUUACCGUUGGCUGUUAAUGCUGCAUCGGAAUGCCUUAAAUCUAUAGGAAAUCGUUUUGGUCCAACCGUGCUACGUGGUCGAAUUGAAAGUCACAUUAAUGCAUUUGUUUCUGAAAACCUAGUUGAUUUAUUACCUCCUGUGUGACACUUACCAUUCUAUCCGGUACAACAACUAAUGAUCAGCGUCACAAACUUUCUUUUAUAUGUGAAUCAACAAAUUUUUGUUAUUAAUCGCUUAUAAUUUUAAAAAUAAAAACCUCAAUGUAAUUUUGAAUACAUUUAUUCAAAAAAUCCAAUCUAUGUGGUAUAUAAUAA